AUGACUAAAAUCAACUCAGGUCUGGCCUCGUCGAGGCGCAAGUCUCGCAAGGUGCAUUUCGAUGCCCCCUCCAGCGUUCGACGAACGAUCAUGAGCGCUCCUCUUAGCAAGGAAUUAAGAGAAAAGCACAAUGUCCGCAGCAUUCCCAUCCGAAAGGACGACGAAGUCACCGUUGUGCGAGGCACCAACAAGGGCCGUGAAGGAAAAGUCACCUCCGUCUACCGAUUGAAAUACCUCAUCCACAUCGAGCGAGUCUCCCGCGAGAAGUCGAACGGCCAAGCCGUCCCAAUCGGCAUCCACCCCAGCAAAGUCGUCGUCACGAAGCUGAAGCUCGACAAGGACCGGGAAAAGAUCCUCGAGCGAAUCUCAAAAGGCCGUGAAGCUCUCAAGUCAAAGUCAUCCUGA